AACAACACAAUGCCAAUGUCGACAACCAUUUUCAAGUGGAUAUUCAUUGUUGUUUGCAUAUUUGACUAUCACACAUUGUAUGCUGAUAUCACAUUCGUUGAUAAUAAGCAACAACAUGUAUCCGAAGUGGAAACUCCUCCAUCGCAUUUCAAAGACAAGCAACGAUUAGAAGUGAACGCCAGGUAUGGAGAAGCAGAUGUGGCCGAGCACGAGGACUUGAAGAGACUACCGAAUGUGCUCGAGCCAAAAGAGUACUACAUCCGCAUUAAACCAUAUUUUCCCUAUCCUGCGAUUCAAUACCCACAGGGUACAGCAUUAUUUUCUCUGAAGACUUCAUCUCAUGCAUCUGAUAAGCAAGACUAUAGUGAACUCUUCCAUGAGGUCAUUCAGAAAUUGAGAUCUAUAAAGCAGAUACUGAGGAAUGACUGCAUAUUAAGUUUCAAACGUGUUUUGAGCUUACAAUUAGUGAGUGAGGAGCUUGCAGAACGGAAUAUGACAUUCGACGGCGUGACAACGUUCAUAUUCAAGGUGAAGAAGGCAACUUCGGUGUUCGUUCUUCACGCUCACAAUCUCGUAUUCGAUCACGUUGAAUUCACCGACAGUAAUGGUAUCUCGAUUGGCGUAAAAUCAACAACUGUAAACGCAACAUUGGAUCAUGUUGUGAGUUGA